UACAGUGGUAACACGUGCUUCCGCUGUAGUCCGGAACAUGGCGGUCGUGUCGGUGGAGGAUGUGUUGGCCCAGGCAGAGAAAGAUGAGGUGGAGAAGCUGAAAAACAUCACCGUGCAGAAAGAGCUGGACCUGCAGUUCGAUCUGGGGAACAUGUUGGCGAUCGAUCCGAACCCACCGAGGACCGGAACACUGAGCCAGCAGAACCGGGAGGGAGGCUUGCGUGCUUUGGCCCGGGACAACACGCAGCUCCUUAUCAACCAGCUCUGGAACUUGCCCUCCGAGAGGGUGCAGGAGGCAGUGGUUGUCAAAUUGCCCGAGCCUAGCACCCGGCUACCAAGGGAAAAGCCGGUCCCGAAGCCGAGGGCCCCGACCCGCUGGGAAGAGUUUGCAAAACUUAAAGGCAUCCAGAAGAAGAAGAAAACGAACUUGGUGUGGGACGAGGUGCACAAGAAGUGGAUGAGGCGAUGGGGUUACCAGCGAGCAAAGGAUAACACUAAAGAAUGGCUGAUCGAGGUGCCGCAGACGGCCGACCCCAACGAGGACCAGUUCCAAAAGCGAAUGAAUGCCAAGAAAGAGAGGGUGGCCAAGAACGAACUGAACCGGCUGCGGAAUAUCGCUAGAUCCACGAAGGGAAAGGUACCUGGCGUGGGGCUCACUCCGGCGGAGCAGCCGUCCAAGAUGGAACUAGCGAAAAGCAUGCAUGUGGCCAAGCGAUCCACUGCCUCUGCGGGCCGCUUCCAGGACAAGCUGCCCAAGGAGAAGGAGCCCAGGAACAUGGGCAAGAAGCGAAAGUUCCAGCCCCUCAUCGGAGAUUUCUCCGCAGAGAAGAACAAGCAGCUCGACAUCCUGAAGAUCAUGGACAGCAAGAAGCCCGCGCUGAACGUCACCAGGGCGGUGAACAGGCAGAUGAGAGAGGAGGACGCGGAGGCCGCGGCUAAAAGGAGAAAAACCCCCAAGAGGGGCAGAGGGGGCAAACCUCAAGGUGGCAACAAAAAGGGCAAAGGCGGCAAGAGUCACGGGGGCAAAGGAGGCAAGAGCCACGGGGGCAAAUUCUCCGGGGGCAAAAGAAAAUCAAAGUAACAUGAUGUACAUUUAUAAAGACACUGUAGCUUGAAGUCAUGCCCCGGGUGUAGUGGACUGAUGCCGGUGGGGUUUCCAGGUGUAUAAAUGACUGUCCCCGUAACGUAUCUGCUGCCGGUUAAUCUGCAUAAGCAAUAAGGCACCAUCAGGAUUGAGUGAGGUCUCUAGGUUGCAGCUGUCUGUUACCCGGUGUAAUGAAAUGUUUACAUGGAUUGUCUGCGAUCGAGUAUCCUUCCGCCAUGAGUACUCGGUCAUUUAAAAAUGUCUGCUGCCAAUGUUUUUGUACAAUCGCAGAGUGUGAUAGACUAAUAAACUAAUAAUAAACUAUUUACAUAGUG